CCAUUUGAUAUCACAAUUUGUUUGUUAUUAUAUUUUUAUACAUUUUUUGUUAAUUACUAUUUAUUUAAUUAAACAAAGCAUUGAUUGUUAUAAAUAGAGUUUAUAUAUAAUUAAUGAAUUAAAGAGAGAUAUAGUGUAUAAGAGAUAGCAAUGCGAGUGAAAGUGUUGUAUGAAUUCAAAGCUCAGCCAAACUCUGGAGAACUGAGUAUUAAUGCCAACGAAAUACUGACGGUGAACCGCCAGGACGUGGGCGAGGGCUGGUGGGAGGGCACCAAUCAAAGGGGUCAGACCGGACUCUUCCCCGCCGGCUAUGUCGAGCCUAUGGUCACCCCAACAGAACCCGAAGCCCCGGCACCACAAGCCAUGCCUAACAGUCAAUCCGCUUAUGACUUCGGAGACGGCGAUUGGGGUGAAGACGAUUGGGACGACGACGACGACAGUCAGGCCUCCAAUUCUCAGUCCAAUUACGACUACAGUCCGACCGCCCAUACGUCCAACGCGACCACACCCUCGUCACAGAUGCCACCCAUCACUCACGUGUCCGGAGUCCCCAAACCAUCGCAACCACAACAGCAAACCGUUCGCAAGAGUUUUAACCGUUUCUCCACUUUUGUGAAGUCCGGCGGAGAGGACUAUAUCUUAGGCAUUAAGACACUGACAGUGAAUGAAACACAUUUCAUAUAUAUUGUUGAGAGCGAUAGAGUGGGUACUUAUCAAUGGGCGCCGAAUCCCAAUCCGUCCAACGUUUCUAUCGAUAAACCAAAAAAGGAGAGCAAAAUGAAAGGAUUGAAGAGUUAUAUCGCAUAUCAAUUGACGCCCGACUCGACUGGCAUUCAAGUGAGCCGUCGUUACAAACACUUUGAUUGGUUGCACGAAAGACUUCAGGACAAGUUCACGACAGUCCCGAUCCCCGCUCUGCCCGACAAACAAAUCUCCGGCAGAUAUCAGGAGGAGUUUAUUGAACACAGAAGACUACAACUCCAGUCGUGGGUGAAUCGCAUUUGCAGACAUCCAGUCCUCUCUCAGAGCGAGGUUUGGCAGCAUUUCCUUCAGUGCGGAGCCGACGAAAAGAGAUGGAAAUCAGGCAAAAGGAGGGCCGAAAAGGACGAGUUAGUGGGCGCCUCACUCUUCUUCGCGGUUCAACCGCCGGCGAUGUCUCAGAGUUUGGACAUCGCUCUCGUGGAUCGCAAAAUGGAUCAAUUCAGUCGCUUUGUGUCCAAAAUGGAUGAUUCAGUGAAGUUGUUGUACAUCACAGCACAGGAUCAGAGCAAGAAGUUCGGCGGUCCCUACAAACGCGAGUUCUCCAAAAUAGCGCACUCUUUGCACACACUGUCCGACGCGUUCGCCUUCAGUGGUGUCGACGGCCAUCACAACAACGAUCGGCUCAACAACGCUAUCAAACACACGAGCGAUACGUACGAAGCGAUCGGCAAACUAUAUGUGGAACAACCGAAGUACGACUUCGGACCCAUGUCUGACAUUCUGCACGAAUACAAGGGAAUGCUGACCGUAUGGCCCGAUAUUCUUCAGGUCCAUAAGGGAGCCAUCAAUAAGAAGAAAGAACACCAGAAGAUGUUAGACGAGGGAAAGAUCGACGACAAGUCGGUCGCGCAGAUCAACCAACGCUCAGAUGUGGUCACACUCUCGACGCUCGCAGAGAUCAAUCACUUUCAAGAGGAGAGAAUUGUCGACUUUAAGGACGCGAUGCAACACUUUCUCACACAACAGAUCCUCUUCUAUGAGAGCAUCGCUGCCAACCUUAAGCAGACGCUAGAGUUAUAUAACUUUUAAAUUAUAUAUUUUUCUAACGAGUGAUUUGAAAUCAAAAGUGAAAUCAUUUAUUUAACAAAUUUAAUGAAUUAUUUCUUUACUUUUAAUAUAAAUUAAGUUUAAAUAACUUUUAAAAUCUUUCAAAUAAAAAACAGUAUUUUCUAUA